CACAACCACGACAGGGCUGCACAGUGGAGGAACGCAGCAGCAGCAGCAGGAGAUGGGCGACUUCCGAGACAUCAGAGGCUUCUUCACCAAGGCCGAGUGGAGCGAUCUGGCCGAGUGCGAGAAGCGGCGCUACAGGAACAUCAAGCAGAACCACGCCGUCCUGCUGAACCUCGGGAUGAACCCGGCCCAGCCCGAGUUCAUGCGCGCACGUGGCAAGCGCAGGGUGAGGGGGAAUGGAGCGGAGUGCGGGCGGUCGAGCGACUCCGACGAGGAGUGGACGGGGAGGAGGAAGAGGAAGGAGGUGGCGAUGCACGGAGGACGAAGAGGUGGAGGCAAACGAGGAGGCAAGGGGGCUGCUUCACGCUGGGCCACCGUGGGAGAGUCGCACGCGAGGGCAGCUCCCAGCAAGCGCAAGACUAAAGCCGAAGCCCUGGAGUACGUGUGGAGCAUCUUGCAGGGCGUGGAGGAGGAGCAGCAGCAGCAGGAGGAGGAGUCCAGGGGAUUUGAGCUGAGGGAGGUGCACAAGGCCAGGAUGGCGAUGUUCAGGCUGGAGCGCAGAGCUACCGCCUGCAAAGAGGCCCUGAGGGUGGCGCUCACGAGGAUACAUGGAGGCUGUGGCGGUGUCGCGCAGCGCUCGCUCUCGCUACGGCCCUGCGCCCGCGCGAGAGGCAAGUCUACCACAGAGGUGGAGGAGCCCCAGGACGACGACUUCUUCUUCUGCGAGCUGUGCAGGGAUUUCUACCUGGCGGAGUGCUCCGUGCACGGCCCGCCAGAGUUCAUCGCGGACGCGGCCGUGGCCCCGGGAGUGGCCAACAGGGCCCGGCUCAGCCUGCCCCAGGGCCUCACCGUCGGCGCCUCCUCCAUCGCCGGCGCCGGCCUCGGGGUGUGGAGCAACAGGAAGAAGCUGCCCAAGGGGGUGAUGUUUGGGCCCUACCAGGGAGAGGUGUCUGAGGAGAACCCCGUGAGCGAGUACUGCUGGCUGAUUUACAAAAACAAAAAGGAUUGUGAAUAUGUUGAUGCUCAGGAUGAAUCUAAAUCAAACUGGAUGAGGUUCGUCAACUGCGCGAGGAAUGAGCAGGAGCAGAACCUGGUGGCCUUCCAGCACAGGAGGCAGAUUUACUACCGCACGUUCCGUGCCGUGGGGCCCGGCUCUGAGCUGCUGGUCUGGUACGGCGAGGAGUUCGCCCAGGAGCUGGGCAUCGCCUGCGAGGCCGGGCCCUCGCGACGCCGCAGCAGCAGCAGCAGCAGCGAGAUGGCUCCUAGGGCCACCGCCAGAGACCUGCAGCCCGUGCAGCCUCCACCAAGCGAGGAACACCGUGGAGUGGGUGUGGAGGUCACAAGGCUGCCGUGUCCUGCCUGCAACCGUCAGUUCAUCUGCCGCUCUAGUCUACAACAUCACGUGCAGAGGAGACACCCCACUAAGCCCAGUAACAAAAGUCAUCAGUGUGACCAAUGUCCAUACAGCACAGACUACAAGAGUACCUUGAAGAAGCACCAGAGAACACACACGGGAGAGAAGCCGUUCAAGUGCACCGUGUGUAAGAAGGCAUUUGCAGACACAUCAACUCUUCACAGGCACCAGAGAACACACACGGGAGAGAAGCCGUUCAAGUGCACGGUGUGUGAGAAGGCGUUUGCACGGCUAUCAACUCUUCACAGCCACCAGAGAACACACACGGGAGAGAAGCCGUUCAAGUGCACCGUGUGUGAGACGGCGUUUGCAGACACAGCAACUCUUCACAGGCACCAGAGAACACACACGGGAGAGAAGCCAUUCAAGUGCACCGUGUGUGAGAAGGCGUUUUCACAGCUAUCACAUCUUCACAGGCACCAGAGAACACACACGGGAGAUAAGCCGUUCAAGUGCACCAUGUGUGAGAAGGCGUUUGCACAUCUAUCAACUCUUCACAGCCACCAGAGAACAUACACGGGAGAGAAGCCGUUCAAGUGCACCGUGUGUGAGAAGGCGUUUGCAGACCCAUCCAGUCUUCGCCGGCACCAGAGAACACACACCGGCCAGAAUGCAUUUUCUCAUUCCGUGGAAACAGAAAAGUCAUCCAUCCUGAGCAAACGCGCACAGCGCCGAGCUCAGCAGCAGCAGGAGAUGGGCGACUUCCGAGACAUCAGAGGCUUCUUCACCAAGGCCGAGUGGAGCGAUCUGGCCGAGUGCGAGAAGCGGCGCUACAGGAACAUCAAGCAGAACCACGCCGUCCUGCUGAACCUCGGGAUGAACCCGGCCCAGCCCGAGUUCAUGCGCGCACGCGGCAAGCGCAGGGCGAGGGGGAAUGGAGCGGAGUGCGGGCGGUCGAGCGACUCCGACGAGGAGUGGACGGGGAGGAGGAAGAGGAAGGAUGGAGGAGGCAAGGGGGCUGCUUCACGCUGGGCCACCGUGGGAGAGUGGCACGCGAGGGCAGCUCCCAGCAAGCGCAAGACUAAAGCGAAAGCCCUGGAGUACGUGUGGAGCAUCUUGCAGGGCGUGGAGGAGGAGCAGCAGCAGCAGGAGGAGGAGUUCAGGGGAUUUGAGCUGAGGGAGGUGCACAAGGCCAGGAUGGCGAUGUUCAGGCUGGAGCGCAGAGCCACCGCCUGCAAGGAGGCCCUGAGGGUGGCGCUCCAGAGGAUACGUGGAGGCUCCUCCGUGCCGCCGGCCUCCGCCCAGGCUGUGGCGGUGUCGCGCAGCGCUCGCUCUCGCUACGGCCUGCGCCCGCGCGAGAGGAAAGUCUACACAGAGGUGGAGGAGCCCCAGGACGACGACUUCUUCUGUGAGACCCCGUUCGUCAACUGCGCGAGGAAUGAGCAGGAGCAGAACCUGGUGGCCUUCCAGCACCGGGGGCAGAUUUACUACCGCACGUUCCGUGCCGUGGGGCCCGGCUCUGAGCUGCUGGUCUGGUACGGCGAGGAGUUCGCCCAGGAGCUGGGCAUCGCCUGCGAGGCCGGGCCCUCGCGACGCCGCAGCAGGAGCAGCAGCAACGAGAUGGCUCCCAGGGCCACCGCCAGAGACCUGCAGCCCGUGCAGCCUCCACCAAGCGAGGAACACUGCUCAGCGUCGGAGGUGUCCCGCACUCGUGUCCGCAGCGGGGUCGGAAGGGCCGCGGGGCUCGGAGUUCCCGCAGCCAUGGCAGGCACCCCCCGAGCAGAGCCCCUCGUCCCCUGCGGUGUCACGGCCGGCCUGUCUGUAACAGGCCGCUUCCGUAAGGACACCAAUGAGUCGUCCAACAUUUGUUCCCGUAUCCACACAGUCCUUGGAAGAUUCAAAACCCCAUCAGCUGGUCCCGGCUCCAUUGGAGCAUCAGGCACCUCGACGGCCAACGCAACCGGCUGA